AUGAGAAAGAACGAUGCACAUCAUCUGGAGGAGCCGUACGUGGUUAAGGAUCUUUUCCACUUGCGUUCGGCGCUGAACUUUUCAAGCAAGUUCAUGCUGAACAUUACCGUCAACAAGAAGGUGCUAACAUUCGAGGUCGAUACUGGAUCCCCGGUGUCAUUGAUCGGUUCCCAAGAUAAGCAACGGUAUUUCCCUCACCUUACCCUUCAUCCUGCUGACCUCCGACUGGUAAGUUAUUGCGAUAAUGAAAUUUCGAUUCUCGGUAAAAUUUUUGUUAGCGUUGUUGCUAAUGGAGAUGAGACACUACUUCCUUUACACGUUGCGGAUUCCAGCCGUCACCCACUAGUAGGUCGAAACUGGCUUCGUGAUUCAAAUAUCGAUUUUAAUCGCAUUUUUAAACCUGGUACGCAUUCAAUGUCUCACUGUAGCUUGGUGCCGGAAGUUACCACGACUGCUUUAAAAAAUAUUUUACAUAAAUACCCUAACGUGUUUAAUGACCGUAUUGGCCAUAUUUCUGGUGUGCGGGCUACACUUACGAUCCGUGACAAUACUAAACCAAUGUACAUUAAAGCAAGACCAGUUGCAUUUGCAGUUCGCAAUGCCGUUGACAAGGAAAUCGACAAAUUAGUUAGUGAUGGUAUCUGGGAAAAGGUAGACCAUUCUAACUGGGCCACACCUGUCGUGCCAGUGCAGAAGGCAGGCGGUAGGGUGCGCUUAUGCGGAGAUUACAAAAUUACGUUAAAUCCCAACUUACUUGUCGAUGAUCAUCCCCUUCCAACGGUGGAAGAACUUUUCGCGACUGUCGCGGGUGGACAACGAUUUUCGAAAAUAGAUUUGUUGCAAGCUUACUUGCAAUUAGAAGUGCGUCGCGAAGAUAGAGAGUUACUUACCCUUAGUACAAAUCGUGGACUGUUUCGUCCAACGAGGCUCAUGUACGGAGUGGCCUCAGCCCCUGCAAUCUUUCAAAGAUUAAUGGAACAGAUCCUACAAGAUAUUCCGGGUGUGACAAUUUUUAUCGAUGACAUUCGCGUGACAGGUCCCGAUGACCGUACCCAUUUGCUUAGAUUAGAGGAAGUACUAAAAAGAUUAGAUGCUCAUAAUAUGUGA